AGUCAUUUUGGCUCAUGAGCUGCUCCUCGGGGCGGGAGCGCGGGCGGAGUCGGCGCGCGCGCGGGGGGUCGCCUCUGGGCGCGGAUGGCUGUGGUCGGCUGCGUGGCUGCCCACGAGGCGGCGGCGCAGUCCGAGACCGCGGCGGGUGGAGCUUCUUUCUGGCCUGCGCGGCGGGCGCGGCGGGCAGCGGCGCGGCAAGCAGCCUGUGGAAGGCUGGCGGCCGCCUACUUGCGCGUCGAGGCCCUGGAGAAGGAGGUGCGAGGGCUAGAGGCGCAGGUCGCAGCGAUGCGGGAGCGGCACGCGGAGGCGGCGGAGCAGGCGUUCGACCUGGCGGGGCGCCAGGGCGACCCCAGCGCUGCGGAGCCCAACGCGGUCCUGUGCAACGAGAUCGUCGCGUGCGUGGCGGUUGCCGUACCCGUAGUCGAGGAGAUGUUGGCGGCUGGACAGGUCGCUGGCUGCGGCGAGGCUUCGGCGAGUGCAGGCGCGGCAGAGGCGGUUGCUGGGGCUGCCAGGGUGGCCAAGCCAGCAGGCGCGCCGCGGGCGAAGGGGCUCGAGAGGGCCAGGCGCAACGCAGGCUUGCACUGCCCGCCGCGGCGCGGAGCCAGCAUCGCGCGCAUGCCGCUGCAGGCGUUGAAUCGCCUGCAGCGGCCGGGCGGCGCGGUGGCGUGUGCGGGGGCGCGGCGGCCCGGCAGCCGGGGGGUGUCGGCCAGCGGGCUGCGCCGUCGGCAGCCGGCCGCGCGCCCAGCUAUCGAGGCCGCCCCAGCCGACUGGAUGGUGGCGGCGCGACGUGGGCGAUCCCUGCCUGUGGGGGCGAGGUUCGAGCAGGCCCAACAAGUGCGGCCUGCUGAGGGCGUCGUGGAGAAACCGCUAGCAGGGGGGCCGCGGUGGUGGACGGUGGCGGCGGAGCAGGCUGGCCUGGCGGCCACCACCCCCGCAGCGAUCGUCGUCGAGUCGGGGAUGGACAGACCUCCCACCCUCACACGUCGAUUACUGAAUUGUCCGUUGUCGGUUCUCGGGAGGGCGCCGCGGCCGUCAUUUUCCAGGCUUGCGCCCGCCAGGUUUGGGCCCGAGGUCGCUUUCACUACACCGCGUUUUACUAAAGGGGGUUUUGUCCAUCCCCGAUCGAAGACGCCCCGCCCGACAGCCGCAAGAAGGAGAACGUUGGCGUCGGCGGGGAGGGGGCGGGCGACGGGGCGGGCCAGGUGGAGGCGGAGCUCGUGGCGGGCGUCGACGCUGACGGGCCUAUCGGCGGCGGCGGCGACGACGCGAGGAACGAGGGGGGCGAGGUUCUGGGCGCGCAGGCCGAGGAGGACCCCAUCAGGAGCAACCGCCUCAAGGAGGGCGAGCUAUAGAAGGGUAGCAGGGAACAGGGCGGCGUCGACGUGGCCUUCGACGACAGCGGCGGCCUCGGCAGGAGGGCGAGCCGCAGGCUCAUGGUGCUGCAAGGUCAUGUGGCGGUCGGCGAGCACUUGAAGCGCGCGGGCCGUGCCUGGGCGGCCAGUCUCAUCGGCUGCCGCUGGAGGCAGUGGUGGAACUCGGCGGGCCUCGCGAGGAGGCGCGCGGAGCUCCGCCAGCAGCUGAAGAGUGCGCGCGCGGUCCAGCGCCCCGCCCUGCUGGCGAAGGCCGUGCAGGCGAGGCGUGGCCGAUAAACCGCGCGCGUCUGGCCCAUCGGGGGCUGGGGCCGCCCAGCAUGGGGCAGAGAGCGAUCUGUAUGGCCACAAACCGUGCGGCGAGUGCCAGCUUUGGGCGGUCUUCUCAGGCGUCGAAGUGCGCAGUCGGCCAAAAACCGCAAAGACACAAGCAUCGGCUCCUCCAUUGACGCUGCGCCCGUUGGAGGGGGAGAG